ACUUCACUACUCCAGACUGUGCUUCAGAUUAAUUAUAAUUCAUCUGCAUUUUUUCCUGUGACCAUGUGGACGGAUUAUUGUUUUUUGUGUAAAUUUGGCUAAUAACAAGACAUGAUCUCAGUUUCUGAUCAUUUUUCAGGACCAGUUUUUAACCUUUUUGUUGCAAUUCUUUUUAAUAUAUAACUUGAGUUAAAAUAAGUGCUUCAGUACUUGUGGAAUUCUUGCAUUUGUGAGUUGUCGCGACCUUGAGAAAGUGCAAGAAAUAAUGGCGUGUUGAAAUUGUACAAACAUGCCCUAAGUCCAACUAAAAGGUGACUUAAUGAACUGAAGAUGGCAAACAGACCUUGCAAAAUAUGCAACAUUAACGUUUCGUUGGGUACGUGGAUGUCACACGUCCACAAUCCAAAACACUUAUCUAAGACACCCGGAGCCAUUAUGAUUAAAGGCAGUUUCACUAGCGACAAUGUGAAGGAAUUAAACGAUUACUUGUCCCGCUUUGGUAUAAUCGAAAGUUAUAAAAUAACAACCGAGGAUGAUCGAACGGCCGUUGAAUACGUUUUUAAGAAUACAGUAUCACACUCUGUGAUCAUUCACUGCGAUCAUAGCAUUUUCGACCAGGAAUUGGAAGUGAGUUGGGCCACAAAAAAAUUUAAAUCGAAUAAUUCCGCACCUGGACGAGUUCUUACAAAAAUCCCGCUUGGCGGUUCCACAGAAACCGCCCCUUCCUCUUCCAAAAUAACUGCGGACCCCGAAGCCGUUAAAAAGGCCCUACUUGCAAGUAUAAAAGAGCCCCCAACGUUCGCCGAACAGAUACAACUCCUCCAAAAGCAACUCCAAGUCGGUAAAGCAGAAAUCGAACAAAACCGCAACAUUAUUUACGAUGACUUGAAUCUAGCACUCUCGCAGACUUACAAUUCGUAUGACAUUUGUUUUUUUGGGUCUAGUAUCACCGGUUUGGACGUUCAAGGCAGUGAUUUGGACGUUUAUAUUGAUAAUGUGCGACCUGUGACAAAGCCUGAAGUGGCUGUGUUGAAAACUAUCCGAUUUUUGAUUUUUAAAAGUCGCAAAUUUUGCGAUGUUUUACUCAUUUCAGGUGCCAAAACACCGAUUAUUAAGUGCAUACAUACGAAAACGCAGAUUUGUUGCGAUAUUAACGUUAAAAAUCGACUUUCGGUACGAAACAGCGAAUUGAUCAAGUACUACUUGACCUUGGACGCGAAAAUCAAACCCUUGAUGAUUUUUGUCAAGUUUUGGGCCGAUUUAUACGGUUUGAAAAAAGUUAAUUUUUUCUCAAGCUAUGCCCUCUACAUGAUGGUAAUUUAUUACUUGCAACAACCACCUUACAGUGUACCAACUGUGCUUACGCUGCAACGUAACGCUCCUCCUGAAAUAGUAGAUAUUUGGAAUUGUGGUUUUGACGAAAUUGAUUUCACAAGUCCGGCCCUGGAAAAAACGACAAUUCUUGAUCUAUUGGUCGGGUUUUUUCGUUUUUACGGUCAUUUUGACUACGUUUCAAAUGUCAUUGCACCAUUUUAUGGCGCUAUUAUUGACAAAGCUUCGUUUUUGAAGCCGCAUGAUUUGCCAAGAUGUUAUCACACUUAUAUGAGUCAAAGUGUGGCACUUGCUGUUAAUUCGGGAGUUUGUAUUCAGGACCCGUUUGAGCAUUCGAGGAACGUUUCGGCCUCAGUGCCUCUUCAAUGUAUUGGAAGAUUUACGAAUAUGUGUCGCAUGGCUGAAAAAUUGACUCAAAACGGCGAAACUGAACUUUUGUAUAAAUUAUUGACAACUAGGACUGAACCGGUUUUUAGCUUUGAAAUUAACAAAGUUUCCGAAAAAAGUGACCAAGAAUGGAUUAAUUUGGUCCGAGAGAUAACAAUGAAAUUUCUAAGUCGUGUUUUAAACUUGAAAGUGAGCGAAACACUGAUGAAUGCAUCACCUGAUGUCACUUAUAAUGCCUCAGGCCAACAAAAUAUUUGGGAUAACAGAAUUAAUAUUUACAAGAAUUUGACACAAUUGCCGUCAAAUACGUCCGAAAUUGAUAAAGAAAUUGCCGUUACUGAAUGUAUUUUAAAAUAUUUUCCACAAAACUUAAACACGUCCCUAAUUCUGCAAUUGAAGUUCAAGGAAAAUCCGACAAGAGUCGAAGUUUCAGUCAAACAGAUGGGCAAGUGUAAGCAAUUUUUCCACAUUUAUCACUACAUUAAAGUCAAACUGGUGAAAUUUAUCAAUUUGGCGGCACAACAUCCUGAAGCCGGUCCUGAGUCUGUGAUGGUGCAAACAACCCAGCCAUCGAUUAGCACAUGUAGUAUUGAGAAUUACCCUGACAAACAGGUUGAAGCGGUCGAAAAUCAAGAAGGUGUUGACAAUAAUGAAACAUCAACAAAACCUGUCAAAGAAGUGGAAGAGGAGGAAGAAGAAGACGUUCCGGCUGAUUUUUUCGACGAUUUUUCUAAUCAGGAUUUUAUGGAUGGUUUAGAUAUUGUUGAUGCAUGGGAUGAAGCUUCAAAACCUGUAACAACCGACCCACCAAUUGAUAUAAAAGUGGAAAAACUUGAACGAAAACAUUCCCCAAUUCGUUUCAGUCCAACAGAACGUAAAUCAUCGGAAAAACGUAAAAAACUAGCACGUUCUAGAUCACGAACGCCAACUCGACGUUACCACACGUCGUGGAAGCGCUCCAGAUCACGUGACAGGAUCCGGGAACGUCGUGAUCCCGAAAAAACCAAACGUGACAUCAAUCGGGACAAAAUCAAGUGUGCCAGAGACAGAGAAUUAAAAAUAGUUAGUGAUAAAUUGAAAAUUGUCGAAACAGGGUUGGUACCACCUGGAACAGAAAUGGACUUUGACGUUGGUACAGUUCUUCCGGAAAAACGGCGUUCAAACACCGGAAGUAAAACGCGAUAUGUUUCUAGACGUAGUUCAAGUCGCGAAACACGGAAACGUUAUUCACGAAGUCCAGUUUAUAGGCCUUCUCGGAUUCGUUCGCGUAAACGCACUUCUAGUAUCGAGUCCGGUGUUUCGGAGCGCGAACUUUGGAUUCGAUCUUCGCGUAAAAGGACGCGAUCACGUUCCAGGGAUUCCCCGCGAAAGAAACGCGAAGAAACAAAGAAGAAAUCAUUUUUGGAAGAAAUCCGGGAUAAGUUGAAUGAAACAAGCACUCGGACUGUGGUUUCUGUUCCGCCAGUUCAGUAUACUAUGGGAUAUGGGAAUGCAGUUCCGGUUCCUGCUCCAGUUCCGGUUCCAGUUCCAGCUCCAACUCAGUACUUCCCCCAAACACAAUACGAUCAGAAUUUUUUUAUUGGCGAUUCGUUUCAAAUGAAUCGACCACCACAAAAUUUUAAUAUGAUGCCAAAUCAAGGUAAUGUAAUGCCAAUUCCACAAAGACAAAUAGGGCAGGUUGCACCAAUCCAACCAGGAAUUAUUGCCACACCUACGCCACCACCGCCACCUGCGAUUGUUGAUAACAACACAAACGUGCAAGAGAUUGAUAAAAAGACAACUGAUGAUAUUGAUAAACUUUUUGCCGAUAAGAAGAUUUCCCUUUCGGAUUUUUUGACUAUUACAGCGAAAUGUGAAGUCCAAUCGUCAAAUCCUGAUCAUCUUCAGAAAAAAAUCAAGGUAAUAUCGCGCUGUCAGGACGCAAUCAAGGUGAUGAGCGACGAACGUAAAUUUACUGGAAGAUUGUUAGUUAAGUCAUCGCCAAUGGAACAAAUUAAUAAAAAUGAUGUAAAAUAUCAAUCGCCAUUACGAAGAAUUCCGGUGGUUCGUUUCCAAUUUACAACACCAUCAAAAACCAUUGAAGGAAUGGACGGUUUUUCGGUUGCUGUUGAUAAGAUUUUGAAAAGUGUUGGUAUUGUGAAAGAAUCAAUAAGUAACGAAGUGAUUGAAACUGGUCAGAAAUCACAAAACAGUUCAUUUGCUGAUGAAGACACAGCCGCUUUAACAUUAAAAGCUACAAUGUUGGGUGCAAAAAAAGAAGUGAGCUGUGAUGAGUGCAAAAAACGCAAACAAAAGACAUUUGUGGAAGUGGGAUCGCAGUGUGCGGAUAAUAAAGAGACUUGUGCUGUGGGAAUCCAAGUAAAUGAAGAAGAAUUAACACCGACGAAAGUUGUAAAGAAUGAGUCGAUUGCGUUUUUGACACCGGCACAACUCUUGGGAAAAAAUAAGGAAAGUGAUAAGAAUAAAGAAAGUCCAACAUCACCACAAAAAGUGGAGAAGAAAACACCAGAAGUUAAGAAAAAACCACAACCGUCACCAAGAGGCAGAGGAGGAUUUAGAAAGGGAGGACCACCAGCUCGUAAUAAUGAGCGCCCAUUCUACGAAGAAAAAUUUGAUUAUUACGAAAAUCCUAGUUUCGGUCAUCGAAGAUAUGGGGGACCGUCACGUUUUCCCCAACAACACUAUGAAGAAGAAGCGGAACAGUAUGAAGAAGAAGAAGAAGGUGAUGAAUUCUAUGGCGACUAUACCGAUUUUAAUCAUCAGCCGUUUCAAGGAAGGCAGAGGUUUGGACCUCGAUUCUGAAUUUUGUUUUUUCUGUUGUUAAGAGAAUCUAAACUUGUAUUUUAAUAUAAGCUAGAUUUUAGUUUCUUAUGUUUUUGAAAUGUUACUCAAGAAAUAAACUUGUGUAUGUGU